UUAGGAAUAAGAUGGCCGCCGAGGACAAGUAAAACAUUUCCGUUUUCAUGCAAAAGAUUCGAAGCUUUGAGUCUCCACAAAUUAUGUUAAAACUUUAAUUUACUCUAGAAUUCAGCUUUAAUUUGUAGAAAAGAGAACGGAAACGAACGAGUGUUUGCGAAUGAUGUGUACAUUCUACGAAUAGUAAAUUUCCAUGGAUUUCGAAGAUCAGUUAGUAGACCCAGCCCUCAAAGACAUAGACUAUCUUACAAAAAAUCUUGGUACUGCCCGUCCUUGUUUGAAAUCCGGUAGAGGCACAAUACGACACAUUUCUGCUGCUGGUAAGAAUGUCACUGCAAACUGGGAUGCUUCACUCGAUUGGCACAAAGACAAGACCAAUAAGAGAAAGAAGAAGAGAUUUUCAAAACUGAGGAACACAAUUGGAUCUUUCUUUUCUUGUGUCAGUAAAGUUGAAGAUGAAAAUAUUUGCACUGCUUGUACUCAAAGAAAGCAAGAGUUUCCGGUUCAAAAGGAUGAGUCUGCUGAAGCUUCACUGGAUGAAAAGUCUGUGCUAAGGGUUUAUAAAGAAUUUUCUGAUCGAACUCAGGCUUUGGAGGAGCCACCAACAAGAAGAAAAUUCCUCUCUGAGACAACAAAGAAUAAUGUCUUACUAGACUUCAAAGAUUUGUCUUAUCAUCAUGUUGAUCAAAGUCCUGAACAGAGAUGCCUAGAUCUUUCAGAACAGACCUUUAGAAAACUACAGAGUGCGGAUGCCCAAAAAAUGGAAAAUGUUUCUCAAGCUAGAGAAUGUGUAAACAAUGCAAAACUCUCUAGAAGAAGUGUUCUUGCUACUCGAAAUACGGCCAUUGGGAAACUUUUACAAGUAGAUUCUACAUCAGAACUGAUUAGCCAUUCUCAUUCUAAAAGAAAUCAUGUUGCAGGUAUUUCACAUUUUGUAUCUGAGGAAGUCCAGCCUAUCUUUGAUCAGUUUAGCAAGUUAAGAAAUAGUCCUAAGAUUUAUCCUUCUCUGUUAGGAAUGACACGAUCACGACAUAAAAGUUUAGAAAGAGGAGGAGUGAAACUGGGUAAGGAUUUUAGAUAUGCCCUUCAUAGAAAAGUCAACAGAAGUUGGGCUGUACGAGAUCUAGAAUACAUUCUGAUGAUGAUGCAUGUUGAGGAAUGGUUUUCACCACGUUUUGCUGCAGAGGCAGUCCGAGUAGACACCAUGAAUGAGUGCACAAGCCUGCAGCUACAAGGAUUCCAGCCACAAGAACUUGCUCGAGUAGGGUGGUAUUUUAAUGGUCGCACCUUGCUAACAUUUUGCUGUGGUAUGGAGAUGCCUCAGCAGCCGCGUGGACAGCCACUUGAUGUCCAUCGAGGGCUGUCUCCACAGUGCUCAUUUGCUUGUGGGGUUCAGUCCCCAACUGACAUUGAAAGGGAAAGGGCAGAGCAGAGGCAAGAGCAAUUGCAGGCUUGUGGCAGUCAAGCAGACAUUGGCUAUGGUUACCAGCCAGUUGAUGACCCUUAUGGUCUCCAUGCUCAGGAGUUUGAUGCAGCUUUGUUUGAUUUAAGCUUCAAUCAGAAUGUUGGUGUGCAACAAGAAACCUCCCCUGAUCAACACUGGAGGACAGAUGGAGAUGGAGCGAGUUACUCUUCACCAAUUCCUUCUGCUCAGGAGGGCAGGCUGUACAUGGAGAGUGUUGUCACCAACACCACACCUGCUGAUGCAGACAGACGGCAGCCAGUUGGUGCUACCUCCCGAGCAUCAGAAGCUGCUGCACGACCAGCAGAGCUGACUCGUGAUAUACCUCCAGCCAUUAAUAGUCCAUUUCUCAUGCCAGGGGGGCUUGCAGCAGAUCCUCAGAAUCAUGGUCUUCUAAGCCUGCUUAGGGGAUCCAUUCAGAAUCCAGAUCUAAUUAAUCCAGGCAUGUUUUUUGAUGAGUACCAAGGACGUGAAGGGAUUCAAAGACAUCCACGACAUCCCCAGUAUGCAUUUCCUAACCUAAGGCUGCUUACCUUUGAAGGCUGGCCUGCAACACACCAGCAGAAACCACAUGAUCUUGCAGAAGCAGGACUAUUUUAUGCUGGUUAUGGAGACUAUUGCUUGUGUUAUUUCUGUGGUAUUGGUCUGCGACACUGGGAGCCUAUGGACAAUCCAUGGAUUGAACAUGCUCGAUGGAAGCCUACUUGUGAGUUUGUGCUGGUGAAUCAAGGGCAAGAUUUUGCUCAAGCAGCCCGAGAGUUGACAAGUAACAAUAGACAUCCUACACUUGAAGAGGUUACUCAAGCAGCACAGCAAAAACAGCGCCAGCGAGAAGAAGCUUUGCCUGUAUCAGCAUCAGGAGAGAGAGAAGAUACGGAUUCAGAUGAAGAAUCAGAACAAUACUUGUGUAAAGCAUGCGUCACCCAAGAAAUGGACACUGUUCUCAUGCCAUGCCGACAUCGGUGCCUCUGUCAUCAGUGCAGUCAGAAUCUAACAUCCUGUCCCAUCUGCCGUGCUGUAAUAGAGUCAGUUGUGAGAAUAAACCAGGAUUAAAUAUUUUGAGCCAUCUCAGUGAUGGAACUCUCUGAACUUUGCCGCUAAUUUUUUUGUGCACCUACCUGACAAUAUUAAAUGUGAAUGUGCUUGUUAUGGUUAAAAUGAUGGAGAAGUUCCUUCAAAAGUUGGUUUUAAAAAGACAUGUGCUUUCUUUAUAUUUAUUUGAAGAUUGGCUUUUGGGACAUUACAUUUUUUAGGCUUCUUUCCAAAAAAAGCUUACCAUUUUAUAAUACAAAAGUGGUAUGAGAACUAUAUUACUGUCUACUACACUUUGAGAUUUUUUUGGUGUGCAUUACAUGGCCACCUUAUUUUGCUUGAUUACUUUGUACUCAUUAAUGUUUGCCAGGAGCACAUUGAAGAAAGGAUUGGGAAGUGUGUAAAAUUUAAUGGCCUUUUCUUCAAGCACUCCUUUUGAUUGUCCAGUCCAGUAAAAUGAUGUUAAAUUUUGCAAACCACUCACAUCGUCUAAAUUCAUUUUCAAAAAUAUGUAUUUCUGUAGCUCUUGAGAGAUUGUAAUGGAUUAAUUUUUUUUAUUUUAUGCCAUCAGAGUUAAUCAGUUAAUGCUGUAUUGUCCUUUGCAAACAGGCCUUCCAUUGAUCAGAGCAUAUUUUGUCUUUGCAUAAAGUUAUGGAUUAGAGAGUCUUUAACAAGGCAUAAUAAAAGAGGAUAACUCUUCUUUUAAUUUCUUCUAACAUGAGUACAAGAUAUAUAUUUGGAAAAACGGAAAGAUAUGCACUAUGCUUGCCACAUCCGUACUACUUUGAGAUCCCAUUGAAAAAGAUAAGAUGCUAUCCCUAUUCUGAUUAGAUCUGAUACUUUGUGAUAAUUUUAUUUACUACAGUAAUCCCUUUUUUUAAAACAAUUUAAUCAACAGUCUGACUAUUAGAAACAGUUUUUUUUGUGUUUUUGUAUAUUGAUGUCUUAACUUCAUACAGUAAGACUGUUUAUAUUCUAGUCAUUCUAGACUCUUUUUAAAAUGGAAAAUAUUUUAAAAAGAAAAUGCUGGAACCUAUAAAGACAAUAUCGUUGUUCAAUUAACGUGUCGGCAAAGCAUUUAUGAAACUCGGUGGCAGCUAGCUGCUAGAUGAUGGACAAAUUGACAGACAACAUAGCCAAUACUCUAUAUUCUAAUCAGUUUUCCUUAAUGUCCUUCUUUGCCAGCCAUAUUUCUGAAUAUGUAGAUGUUGGGCAAAUUUUUACAAUUAGAUAAAACUUAAAGUCAUAUACUAGACCAGGGGUGGGAAGUCUUUGGACCAUCCUGUUUACAAAAAUGUGAAGUUUUCAUUUUUUUUUAAUUCAGCCUAGGUUGGUUUGAUUGAAAUUUAUCAAGUACAACAUCGUUAGAAAUUGACAGUCCGUAACAUUCUAAUAAAAAGUACAAAGAUAACAAAUAACACAGCUGACAUGUCUGAUGUAGUCAUUAGAGAGCAUUGGGGAUGGAUGCAUUCAAGGGAAAGGCUGGUUUUAAAGUUUUAUUGUGAGAGAAUAGCAAACAUCUUCACUUGACACAAUAAACUGGUAAGUGAAUACCA